CGCAACCGUUUUUCGAAAGUGGAACAGAUUCAUCGAUCUUCAUCCCUCCCUCCCUCCGACUCUAUCGAACAGUGGCGAAGAAGAACGAAGAGAGAAUGAGCUCUGCAACAGUAAACAGAAACUGGAAGCACACAGUCCUCUACCUAACCCUAAUCAUAUCUCUGAUCUACUCCAUCGAAACCUUAAUCUCGCACAAGCUACACAUCAACCACACCAAUAUCCGUCUCAAAAGGUCUCCGAAUCUCCCUCUACGCUUCCGCGACGAUGGAACCUUCAAAAUCCUCCAGGUCGCGGAUAUGCAUUACGGGAUGGGGAGCAUCACUCGAUGCAGAGAUGUGGUGGCUGCUGAAUUCGAUUACUGCUCCGAUCUCAACACCACUCGGUUCCUUCGUAGGAUGAUCCAAGCUGAGAAACCCGAUUUGAUCGCGUUUACUGGGGAUAAUAUAUUUGGAUCAAGCACUACAGAUGCAGCUGAAUCUCUUCUUGAAGCAAUCGGUCCAGCCAUUGAAUAUGGAAUCCCAUGGGCUGCCGUUUUAGGAAACCAUGACCAGGAAUCCACUUUGAACCGUCUAGAGUUGAUGACUUUCCUCUCCCUUAUGGAUUUUUCUGUCUCUCAGAUCAAUCCACCGGUUGGAGGAGAUGGCGAAUUGAGAUUGAUCGAUGGCUUUGGGAAUUACCAACUUAGAGUACACGGCGCACCUGGUUCCGUGUUGUCGAAUAGCACCGUCUUUGACCUCUUCUUUCUUGACAGUGGAGAUAGAGAGACUUUCCAAGGUAGGCGAACAUAUGGAUGGAUCAAGGAUUCUCAACUUCGUUGGCUUCAAGAUACUUCUAAACAGGGUCAUAACCAAAGCAUUGCCGGUAAUCAUCAUCCAGCGUUAGCAUUCUUCCACAUCCCAAUCUUGGAAGUUCGUGAUCUGUGGUACACACCCUUUAUUGGCCAGUUUCAAGAGGGUGUGGCAUGCUCCAUCGUUCAAUCAGGAGUCUUAAAGACCUUUUUGUCCAUGGGAAAUGUAAAAGCCGCUUUCAUAGGACACGACCAUGUCAACGACUUCUGUGGAAAUCUAAAAGGAGUAUGGUUUUGUUACGGUGGAGGGUUUGGAUACCAUGCUUAUGGAAGACCAAAUUGGCACAGAAGAGCUAGAGUAAUUGAGGCUGAGCUCGGAAAAGGGAGAGAUACAUGGACAGGUGUCGAACUUAUCAGAACGUGGAAACGUCUUGACGAUGAAGACUUGAGCAAGAUAGACGAACAAGUCCUUUGGGAAGCUUCCUAUACUUCGUACGUUAAGUGACCAAUGGAAAAGCGAAUAAGGUCGAGAGAGACAAGGAGACACACUACAUAGACGAUCAUUCAGUUUGAUUACAAAAGGAGAUCUGUCGGAAAAAUGGAGAAUAUCGACCAAGAAUUCAACAAUUACUGGGAGCACAACUCCUUCCUCCAAAACGA